CUCCGCCCCCUGAACAACUGCUCCACUCGCUCCCGGGAUUCUCGGCGCGGCGUCGUCGCCAUCUUAUGUGUUUCCCAAAGCCUGAGCGGAGAACUGGUGCGUGUGGCGGGGCUGGAGCUGCUGCAGCCGGCUGGAGGAUGCCUGGCGGAUAAAUGUGGCCCAAACCUAACAUCCCUCUGCUGUUGUUGCUGAUCGCGGUGGCGGCGAAGCCAGAGCGGCCAGGACCACGGCUCGGUCUGGCAAGACUUCUGUCAGAGCUGCGCUGUACCACUGGAGAAUUUGCUUGCAAGACUGGAACUAUUCAGUGUAUUCCUCAGAGCUGGUACUGCGAUGGAUGGCAGACCUGUGAAGAUGGCAGUGAUGAACUCGAUUGUCCAGGAGUGAUUGGUGAUCACCGCGGGCACCACACAAAGGAAACUACUGACCUGAAACAGGUGCGUGGCAGAACUGCCGAGGACACCCGCUUCUACCCGAUCAAUGUGGCCCAGCCCUUCCAGUUCACCCGUAAGUGUCCAACAGGCUGGCAUCACUAUGAGGGGACAGCGAGCUGUUACCGAGUGUAUUUGAAUAGUGAGGACUACUGGAAUGCUGUCCAAACAUGUCAACGAGUGAAUGGAUCGUUGGCUACAUUCACUACUGAUCAAGAGCUGCGCUUCAUACUAGCUGAAGAAUGGGACCUAGAGGAACGGCCAUUGAGUCGCAAGGACCAACGCAGGUUCUGGGUUGGCUAUCAGUACACGAUAACAAACAGAAGCCACACCUCGCUAGAGGGACAGUGGGAAGUAGCUUAUAAGAGCAGUUCCACGGAGGUGUUCCUUCCACCAGAACAGGUGCCAACGUUUGGAAUGACCAUCUCGGAGCAAGAAAAUGUGCUGUGUGCUCAGCUGCAAUGCUCCCACUUCCCCAGCCUGCGGCACCACGGAUUACACAGCUGGUAUGCCGAGAACUGCAAUGAGAAGUCGGCGUUUCUCUGCAAAAGAAGUCAAACCUGUGUGGAUAUAAAAGAUAACGUGGUAGACGAGGGAAAGUACUUUACUCCAAAGGGCAAUGAUCCAUGCUUGAGCUGCACCUGCCACAACGGCGAGCCAGAAAUGUGUGUAGCAGCUUUGUGUGAGCGGCCACAAGGGUGUCAACACUUUGAAAAGGAUCCAAAGGAAUGCUGCAAAUUCACAUGUCUUGACCCAGAUGGCAGCGGCAUUUUUGAUUCUAUGGCGAGUGGAAUGCGUCUGAUCGUAAGCUGCAUUUCCUCCUUCCUCAUUCUGUCACUGCUCCUCUUCAUGGUCCACCGGUUACGGCAACGACGGAGAGAACGCAUCGAGUCUCUUAUUGGGGGGAACUUGCAUCAUUUUAACCUCGCCCGAAGCAGAAUGCCAGGCUUUGAUUAUGGUCCAGAUAGCCUUGGAUCAGGCCUAACUCCUCUGCAUCUCUCUGACGAUGGUGAAGGAGGAGCAUUCCACUUCCACGAUCCCCCACCUCCAUACACGGCUUAUAAAUACCCAGACAUUCAGCAUCCUGAUGAUCCACCCCCUCCGUAUGAGGCAUUCAUCAAUUCAAACAGCAUGCUUUGUGUAAGCCCAGAUGGUGGUCCUGGGCAGGUGGUGGACCAGAGCAGCCAGCGCGCUGUAGCCGAGACUGUCAUUGGAGAGCCGACUGAUGUGAGCAGCUUCACUCUGGAGGCCGCCACGGAGGAACUGGAUGUCUCGGCUGGCAGCAGUACCUUACUGGUGCCACACCCCAUCCACCCAGAGAGUGCGCAGAAUCGCAGCAGUCACUCUUCAGUAAAUACAGUGGUAUAAAUUGGAAGGGAGGGCGAUUAAUCAUUGUUUUAUUCAAUUUGGGCAAAUGUUUGCACAGUGCAAUAUUGACAAUACCAGUCAGAUGACUUAACAAGACUUCGGUUCUGGUCUCCAGCAGAUUACCCUGUUUUGAUGAAUGAGUUGAUCAUUUGUGUAUAUAUUGAUGAUGGAAUGCAGCACGUUUCCCAGUUCGCGGGUAUCGUAGGACUUUAGAACCCUAAACGGCAGCUGUUUUAUUUUUUUGUGUUAUUUUUAAAUAGACUUUGCAUACAAAUACAGGGCUUAGAAUCAAGAGGCUGGAAGAGACGUGAGGGAUAGGUGGUUCUGUGUGCAUCGCCAACCUGUGGGAUAAGCAAGGCUCUCGGACUGGGAGUGGACCAGGCCCAGUCCUUGGCAAGUGCCGAGUGACGUCUCCACACAAACAGAAGUGUAACUGAUGAAGCCGGCUGGUACUGUUGCUCGGAGCAGCCUAUGUAAUACGAGGGUGAAAGGUAGGUGGGUGUACGCGUCACUGGGAGGGGGAGCAGAGUCACAGGCAGUGGCGGGCAGGUGGUGUCAUUCUGGGGCUAGGGUAGAGUCCUGGGAGGGGUUGUAACGCAGUCCUAUGUGCACUUUGGGUUACGAUUUCAGUCAGUGGGGUGGCUGCACGUCCUUUCACUCCAGGAGGGCGAGGAGAGGUCUCCACUCCCAUUGACGCUUGCGGUGAGUGAUCAACUCUGUGACGCAUGUCAGGGGCAUUACAGCAUCCUGUGUAGGUGGAUUGGGUUAAGGGCCUGAAUCAGAGGGAGUGCACCACAGUAGGAGGUCUGGCUCAGUUGUAUUUUUUAGCAGUACUGUAUCAGUACUAAUGUUUAAUAAGCUGAGAAUGGAGGGCUGCUGACUGGCCCAGAGUGGCAGGAGGUCCUGUGUAUUACAGAGUGCACUCGCAAGCACUUCUCUAUUCUCUGCUCCCUGCCCCUGCUCCCUCCCCUGGAGCUUUUCGCUGCUGAUGAUAUUGAUCAUUGCUAUGGUGCAGUUAAUAAUGAAAUGUCAACAAUGUUGACGUGGUCUAAUGAUCACCUACAUUGAUGUGAUUGAUAUGAAUCAAUGCUGUUAGUGCUGUAUAUUGAUGUGGUGGCUGAUAAUCAUGUUGAUGUGAUCUGUUGAUACCUAUCAAUGAUUUUAAUGUUGGUUGAUGUGAUUGCUGGGCUUUCUGUUGAUCUGGUUGCGGUAGCCAAUUUGUUGGAAUAAAGUCCAUUCAAAUGGGGUUUUGGGAAUUCUGCACUGUCUUUGUAUCGGCUGGUCACGGUCCCUCCCUUCAUUCCUCAAUUGCAAAUAAACACAGACGUGCACAUGCGCUCACAACCUAUUCGAACACCGCAGUUAACAGACAUUUGUAGUUUGUGAUUGGAACUUUCUGUGGCAGUGGAAAGAUUUUGAUACUCGGUGAAUAAUAAGUAGACUAAAUUUGAUACCAUUAUUAGGUCUGUGUGUUUGUUCAGAAUUUUCCAUUUUUCACUUGUUCUUUCACUGCAUCAUGUAAGGACUGAUUCAAUGUCUUGUACUCCUGUUAACAAAAUGAAAUGCCAAAUAAAUUCUGAAGUGGA